GUUUCGCAUUUCGCUUUUUAUUUUUUUCAUUAUGCCCAGCCCUGAUAUAGAUGUUUGAAAGUCAACUACGUUUUUGUCCGCUGACCGAUUGUCCGCUGGCCGAUUUUCCAUUCGCCGAUUGUCCGCUGGCCGAAUGUCCACUGACCAGUUGUCCGCUGACGUAUUGUCAGAGAGCCUCCAUAAAAUCAAGAAUUUUUUUUGUUUUUUUAAUUUUUUACAUGCUUGCAUUGAUUAAGAUAAUAUUUCUUACUUUAGAUUAAAUCAACUCAAUAAUCUUUAAAACAAAAAUUUAUAUAAAAUAAUGUAUUGUCUUCAAUGGUUAAUGCCUAUACUUUUAAUACCCAAACAAUUAGUUCAUCCAGCAUUUUUAAUUGAUCAAGCGCUCUUUUUGUGGUUUUAUAUUGCCGGUUUUGUUUUGGAAAGAAGACCUUGCUAUAUUUGUCUAGCUAUAUUUAUUCUAACCGUUUUGGUUCUUUGUUACAGCGAUGAAGAACGUUGUGUACUUUGGCCAAUUUGUGAAACAAUGAUGAAUGGGGAAAUGUGUAAAAAUGCGUAUGAAAGGAGAAUGGCUACACAAAAGUAUUAAAAUUAUUUUUAUUUUUUUUGGUAUUUUUUGGUAUUACUGAUUCCCUUUUUCUCAUAUACUUUCUGAAUUUAUGGGGUCAUUACGGAGGGCGUGGGUUAGAGUUUACUUGCGGAUUCUCCGAAAUCCUCGGAUAUUCCAAACUUUUCGGCUAUCCGAACUUUCUUGGGUCCGUUCAACUCAUUUGCAGAGGUGGGCGGAAUUCCGACUUAAGACGUUUUUUUCCUUCCGAUUUCCGAAAAAAUUUCGAUUUCCGAGUUCCGACACCUCGGACUGUUCUGACUUACCUAUGCUCAUCUGGACCAAUUUUUGGUAGGACGGAUCUGUUGGACCACCUUCUGUCCUUACACGACUUGGGAUGUUUUUUCUACAUUUAUAAAGUAACAGCAAGUGAUAGCUCACUUCCCCUCUUCUCAUGCCUUCAGGGCAUGUGUUUUCUGCUUUGUUUGGAAGCUUCUACCAAAACUCGUACAUGUGUACAGAGUGGAAGUACAAGCAAAAAUUAGACAUGUACGAGUACGAACAGAUUUAACAAUUCCAACCGCUAGCUCAUUUCCUCUCUUCCCAUAUACCCUCAGGGCAUGUUUUCUGCAUUAUAUCG